CACAUUUUUCUUCUUUUGAUAUCUUCUGGUUAAUUCACUGUCUUUGUGAGGUUUUUUUUUUUAUUUAAAAAUAAAUAAAAUAAAAUAAACCGUCCAGCGCCCCAUUACUGGCUUCAAAUGCACCCACAGUACCACCACCGCUUUGAGGAUGGAAGGCACCAUUACUCCCAAAGUGGCCCAUCAGGAACCCAAGUUCUUGCUGUCAUCACCCUGCUCCCCUUGGGUGGCAUGCUGCUUGCUCUGGCAGGGCUGACCCUGGCAGGGACUGUCAUUGGGAUGCUCAUCUCCAUCCCUCUGUUUCUCAUCUUCAGCCCUGUUAUUGUCCCUGCUGCCAUCGUCCUUCGGCUGGCUGUCGCUGGUUUCUUGGCGUCUGGGGCUUUUGGGUUGACCGGACUGUCAUCGCUCUCCUACGUCAAGAACCGCGUUAGAAGGGUCACCGGAGCUGAACGUUACACCCUGGACCAGGCCAAGGACCAAGCCGAGAGACGCGUGACGGAUAUGGCGGACUAUGUGGGUUAGAAGACUAAAGAUUUAGGACAGGGGAUUCAGAACAAGGCUUAUGAGGUGGACAGGACAUGAAUUAAUUAGAGAUGGAAGGACAAAAACAAAAUGGAUUUAAGGAGGAUCGAUCUAUAUAUAUAUAUAUAUAUAUAUGGGCAAUAAAAGGGGAUGAAUUUACUGGUUUCAGUGUGAUGACAUAUAAUGUCGUUCACUUUUUAGUUGAAAAGAGCUGGUGAUCGGUUUUUAUUUUGUUUUGUUUUCACUACAAGAAUUCGGGGUUUUUUUGGUGAAGCAUUUUGACUGAACAAGUUUCCAUUAUGACCAAAUAGAUAAUAGUUUGGUCA